AUGCCGAAUCCCAAAAAUCCUGUGGUAACCAUGUAUCUCGAGGCUAUACGGCAAGCACCGCUUGCAUUCUACGCUUACAUGGUAGGCACUGCCGAGAAUUACGAGCUGCUCAGCGGUGCCAGUUCCAGGACGAAAGGCUUCUCGCAACUAUGCCUCUCCUACCGUAUCGAGAUGAUCAAGCUUGUCAACGAGGAACUCCAGUCUAUCAGCGGACCGCCCUCCGACAAUUUGCUGGGGGCCAUCGUAGUGCUCGCUGGCAACUAUGUAUUGUUCGCCGGCCAAGUCAAGAUUGCCACCCUUGAGAGCGUACAUGCAUCUCGCUUUAGAUCGCCACUAAGGACCGCACAGUUUAUCCACAUCUAUAGCUCGAGGCCAUUUCGAAGUCCACAUAGCGAAGCUUUAGUGCGCCUUGUCGGUAUGAAAGGAGGAUGCUCGAAAAUUCAGCUGCCAGGGGUUGCCAGUACUGUUGAGUUGUGCGAUCUUGUUCAUGCUUCGCAGACGGAUUCCCAGCUUUAUAUUCUGCCAAUGGACCCACCAAGCCUGAUGAGCUUAGUUGACCUGAGUCUUGCAGUUCCUAGCUGUCCGCCUGUGAUAUGGAAGCAGCUACCGAUCUUUCCCGGGCGGCGUUCGCAGCUUCUUCAGGUUGUGGAAGCCCUCUCAUUGGUCAGCAACGCCCUUGAAUGGUACAUCAAGGGAUCAGUGCCCAGUAUCGAAUUCUCAGAGAUUGUCACUGCUCGUAAUGCCGCACAGUAUCUGCUGCUGAGCCUUGUGCCAGCCUCUGUGAGCGGGCAAGAUUCGUCUCCAGAAACCGCGAGUGGGAACUUAUUUGAGGUCGCUCGCUACGGCCUCAAAAUCUUCAGCAAUAUCGUAGUCUUCCCGAUGAAUCCAGAUGGUGGCACCGCCAGGACCCUGACUCUUGCACUCAAGAAUUCCCUGACUCUGUGCAUAGAGGCAAACCCCUGGCAAGAACUGCCCAGCUCAUGCAAGCAACUGCUGCUGUGGUCAUUCGUAUUGGGUGGUCUACAGGCAGACGAUGAUCGUGACGAUAAGCGACAGAAUCGUGGGUGGUUCGUCACCAAGUUUACCGAAUUCUUCUCAUUAACCGAAGUUUUGACUUGGGACCAGGUCAAAGAAUGUCUUUCGGCCAUGUUGUGGUCAGACUCUGUGCUUAGCCUACCUGCAUGGGAGUUUUGGAACGAUGCUCAUGAGCGCAGAGCCGCACACUAA